AUGAUAGAAGUAAAGAUAUUGGAAGAUAUAAUUUUGGAUUUGCAUUCAGAGACUCCUCUGCUCUUCUUGUUAGCGCCUUCUGGAGACCCUCUCCCCGCCAUUCCCCUGCAGCCUUUCGGAGCUCCUUCCCCCCACCCGCAGCCCCUUCCAUGCAAGCGCUGGCGCCAGGCUCGGCGAUUGGGAUCGAGGGCUGCCGUCGCUCGCGGAGAAACCCGAUCUGCCCCCACCCUCGCCCCCCUGGGCCUUGGCUCAGCUUCCUCCCGUACCUGCUCGGCAACAGUUAAACUUAAAGACCCGCUGACUGGGGGGCGGAGGGCGGCGGCGGGCGCUUCCAGCCCCGAGGGGUCUCCUCCCCCCGCCCCCCCCCGCGCUGCCGCCGCCGCCACAUGUGAUGCGGGGGGAGAUCCGGCUGCUUCUCUCGCGGCAGCCCCGUCGAAGGAGGAGAACAAAGGCGCGGCGGUUCAAAGGAUGGCUCCUGCGGCCGCUCUGCUGAUGCCCUGCCUCCUGCUGCUGCUGCUGCUGCCGCCGCCGCCGCUGGAGACCUCGGCUCUGCCGGCCGCCCGGCGUCCCCCCAGGCACCAGGGGCUGGGUGGGUCUUUGAAACACAGCCCCUGGAAAGAACAAGAUGAAAAGGGCUCCUCCAUCUCCUCUCCUGUCAAAGGCUUCUCUAGAACUCCCAAUGGCCAGGCAGCACAGUGGAAUCCACCCCGCUGCGGAGUUCCAGAUCUACCCACCCUACCUGGGAGCCGCAAUACUCGGAACCGCCAGAAAAGAUUUCUACUGUCUGGAGGACGUUGGGAGAAGACGGAGUUCACUUACAAAAUCGUAAGGUUCCCUUGGCAGUUAGUGAAAGCUAAAGUGAGACAAGCCAUUGCUGCAGCCUUGAAAGUCUGGAGUGAUGUAACACCCUUGACCUUCAUGGAAGUGCACCGGGGACGAGCAGACAUCAUGAUUGAUUUCACACGGUACUGGCAUGGGGACAACCUGCCUUUUGAUGGCCCUGGGGGAAUCCUGGCACAUGCCUUCUUCCCAAAAACCCACCGGGAGGGAGAUGUCCAUUUUGACUAUGAUGAAACGUGGAGCAUUGGGAAUAACUUGGGGACUGACCUUCUCCAAGUGGCUGCUCAUGAAUUUGGCCAUGUUCUGGGUUUGCAGCACACAGCAGUGUCCAAGUCACUCAUGUCUCCUUUCUACUUCUUCCGAUACCCGCUGAAGCUAAGUGAGGAUGACAAACAAGGCAUCCAGUAUCUCUAUGGGAAGCCAAAAUCUGAAAUGAAUAUUGACCAAGAUCAAGAGGAGAAGCCUUACCAGCCAGAUAUCGAAACCAAUGAGAUCAUCAAUGUUCAGUCUACACAGCCUGAUGCUUGUGAUACAGAUUUUGAUGCGGUCUCCAUGAUCCGUGGGGAGCUGUUUUUUUUCAAGUCACACUACGUUUGGAGGCUCCGGAACGGCAAGCUCCAAGCUGGCUACCCAGCCCUAGCAUCUCGACACUGGCAGGGAAUCCCAUCUUCUGUAGAUGCAGCCUUUGAAGAUUCUCUUGGUAACAUCUGGUUCUUCCAAGGUGCUCACUACUGGAUUUAUGAUGGUGAGAGGCUCGUUUCUGGCCCUUUGCCUAUCACAGAACUGGGCCUUUCUUCUUCUCCUGUCCAGGCAGCCUUACUCUGGGGGGCAGAAAAGAACAAGAUUUAUUUUUUCAAGGGAGGCAGCUAUUGGCGAUUCAGUCCUAGCACUAAUCAAGUGGACAACAUUUCCCCACGCAGAAUGACUGACUGGCGGGGAGUUCCUCAGGAGAUUGAUGCCGCUUUUCAGGAUGAGUUUGGAUUUGCCUACUUCCUGAAAGGUCGACAGUACUGGAAGUUUGACCCCGUUCAUGUGAAAGUGCUUGAAGGCUACCCACGAAUUAUCAGCCAUGAUUUUUUCAGCUGUGUAUCUUCCCCUAACUCUUUCAGAUAGAGUGACAGGGACAAGCCUUCCUCUUCAGCCAAGAUCAUCUUUUCUGACUGGGGGAAAAGCUGUGCUUUUAAGCCACUACAUUGACACAA